AUGAGAGUUUGCGUAAUAGGCGCAGGCGCAAGUGGCUUACCAGCUAUCAAGGAAUGUCGCGCAGGUGGACUGGAUGUAGUAGCUCUCGAACGCACAAAUGAUAUUGGAGGCAUAUGGAACUAUCGACCAGAUUUAAAUGAAGGUGGUACUGUAAUGAAAUCAACAGUGAUGAAUACAUCGAAAGAAAUGACUGCUUAUUCUGAUUUUCCACCACCUGCUAAUUUUUGUAACUUUAUGCAUCAUUCAAAAGUCUUAGAAUAUUUAAGAGAUUACGCAAGAGUAAAUAAUCUAUACGAAUACAUUCGUUUCAACACUACAGUAAUUCAGGUCCUAAUUGAAAAAUUGGAUUUACAGGUUACUCAAGUUGAAAAAUCGUGGGAAGUACUAACUGAUAAUGGUAACAAAGAAUUGUUUGAUUUUGUUAUGAUUUGUAAUGGCCAUCACAGCAUACCUCUAUAUCCCGAAAUAUCUGGUAAUUUUUCUGGAAUGCAAGAAUUCCAAGGACGAAUUCUGCAUGCUCAUCAAUACCGUGACUAUCAAGGAUUUGAAGGAAAAGAUAUCUUUAUUGUUGGAAUUGGUAAUUCGGCUCUAGACAUCGCAUCUGAGCUAUCGGGCGUGGCAAAUUCGGUAACAGUAUCUACCCGAAGAGGUGCAUGGAUAUUUAAUCGCGUAAGUAAAGGAGGCAUUCCUAAUGAUUUGACCGUGAUGACUCGAAUGUAUGACUAUUUGAUAGAUAAGUUACCAUGGACAGUUGCUAACGAUUUCAUGGAACAUCGUCUACAGUUACGGCUAGAUCAUGACCUUUAUGGACUUCGUCCAAAUCAUCGCUUUUUGCAACAACACCCAACUAUCAAUGAUGAUCUGCCUAAUCUUCUUUGUAGCGGACGUAUCAUUAUCACAGAAGACGUGAAAUGUAUCUCAGAAAGAAGUGUUCAAGUUGAAGGAGGACGUUGCUUUCCAGCUGAUAUAAUCAUUUUUGCAACUGGAUAUACAUUUAGUUUUCCAUUUUUAAACCCUGAAUCUAUUAUACCUAUCAAGGAACAUGAAGUGACAUUAUACAAAUACGUUUUUCCAUUGAAUCAUCCAACUUUAGCAGUAAUUGGCUUGAUUCAACCAAUUGGAAGUAUUUUUCCAAUAUCUGAAAUGCAAUCAAGAUGGGCUGUUGCAGUAUUUAGUGGUCAAGUUCGACUACCCUUCUAUUCCGACAUGAUGAAUGAUAUUGAGCUUAAGCAAGCUCAGAUUAAAAGAAGGUUAAAAAACUUGAUACUUCUUUUACUGUACAUAAGCAGCUGCCAUCACCAUGGUGUUAAUUUGAAACAAAACUUUCAAAAUAAUUUCAUUAACAGAUACUUCAAGAGCUUGAAACACACUAUCCAAGUGGACUAUAUCAAAUAUAUGGACGAAAUAGCUGAACUAAUAGGUUGUAAGCCUAAUUUGAAAAAGUACAUUUUUACCGAGCCAAGUUUUUUCCUCCGUUUAUUGAUCAGUGCCAACGCUCCAUACAUUUACCGACUUGAUGGUCCAGGAUCAUGGGACCAAGCCAAAGAAGCACUGAUCACGCUACCUGAUCGCGUAAAAACUCCACUAAAAAACAGAGAAUGCUCUAUGAAGCGAUAUAAAAAACGUGGGAAAAUUGAUGAAUACUUCCGAUAUGUAUCGAUGAAAUGGCUGGCAGGAUGGGCAUGCGUGAUACUAGCCACAGGUGUUUGGAUAUUCUGUUCAGGCUCUCGUAAUCUGACUACAUUUGCAUACACUGCAAAUGUAGUCAUUUUCUUCAUACUUUUCUCACUAAUUUUAUUAUGGUUCGAUUUACAGUAUGACAUGUCGAGUAUUUUAUAAUU